GGAGUUAGCCAGUAGCUGAGGUUUUAUCCAGGACUGGAGAGGACCUUGCCAUGUGGGGUUAGAAGAGGCAGCAGCAGCAUGGGGUUCCUUUGGGAAUGGACCACAGGGCUCUGGUUACAUGUUCAUCCCAACACAGAUCACAUGGGACCAGUAAUCCCUGCAGUCCAGCAGGGCCGCCCCGGGGGGUAGUGGGGCAAUUUGCCCCAGGCCCCGCAGGGGCCCCCAUGAGAAUAUAGUAUUUUAUAGUAUUGCAACUUUUUUGUAUGUAAGGGGCCCCCGAAAUUGCUUUGCCCCAGGCCCCCUGAAUCCUCUGAGCGGCCCUGCAGUCCAGUAACCUGCCUCCGAGGGUGCAGAGUUAGCCCAGGGGGCCUGAGUGCCUGGGUUAGCUUAGCCCGGGUGUGAGCAUCCCCACAGCAAAGCCCUGCCCAAGGAUUGUGUCCUCACUGUUUCUGCACUCACCAUGAGUGUCUGGGGGCAGAGCCCACGGAGUCUUGUGCUGAGAUGCUCUAGGAUCUCUUCCCAGACAGUUCUGUCAAUUGCGGGAAACUUUGCCCUUCGUGGGGGGAACUGUGGGAAGGCACCGGAGGACUCUCAGUUCUCAAGUAAUUUAGCUUGUGUCACUGUACAGUGUGUGGCUUCCAGCCAGAGUUAAAGCAGAGCCCAGGCUCUAACCCCUUCCCCCUCAACCCCCCAAGCCAGAUCAGCUAGCCAGGGGUUAAAGCACCUCCUAACUUGGGCAGAAGGUUUUUGUGUGUGGACUGUAGAGAGUUUUGGCCUAGGAUAAAACCCAGGUAAGUGCUUGGUUUAACUCUGUUGUGAAGAUAUGCCCUAACAGGGGCUUAAGGCUGAUGAAGGCAGAAAAAAUCUGUUGCACUCCUGAUUAACUGAGCAUGGGGUGAAACUCAGUCAUAGAAUUAGUGUUUAUAACCAUUAGUAUAGUAGUAUAGUAUAUUAUAAAUAUUGAGUGUUAUAUUAUUAUAGUAUUAAUUCCAUUACUUAUAAUCAUUACCAUAACAAUUUAGUUAUAAUGACAAACACCUUAGAUUGCUAAAUAAAUAUUCACUGUAUCUGCACAGGUGGUCGGUUCCAGUGCAGAAGGGGUAACAGAUGCACAAAUGGCGACCUGGGGUCAUGUCCCUUGAAUGCAAUUACUUGAUUUGCAUACACCGUUGUGGCACAUUGACAUGCAAUGUAACUGUGCAGAGGUGUCAGUUGGAAUUGGGGGUACUGAGUGCUUCUGAAAAUCAGGUCCUAGGUGCCUCAAGUCAAACUCCUAACUCGGAGGCAUCCAAAAUCAGUGGCCACUUUUAAAAAUUGCAGUCCAAGGUCACACACGGAGACACUAUCAGUACUGGUGAUGUAACCUCUCCUAGCGCCUGGUCCCACGUGUCCUGGGCCUCCUCGGGCUGUCACGACGACAGUUUUCUGGGUGGUUGUUGUGAUUGUUCAUUUACAUGUAAGACGUGUUGACAAUUUUCUUGUAGUUCUUUUCUUUCCUGUGCAAUUAGAUGCAAUGAUUCGAGCCUCGUCUGUAGUACGCUGCAGGCUUCUCCUGUAAUUCCGUUCUGAGUGCGGCAGGUGGAUGGAUACAACCUCCCACGCUGCUGCUCAGACGCCUGCCUGAUUAUUCUGUCUUGAGCCUGUCAAAUUAUCCAGUGGGUGUCUGACUCCAGAACCAUGUUCCAAUAGGAAUCCCACCUGCAUGCCUGGGGGGACUGGAGGCGUGAUCACACUGGGAACAGAGCAGCUAAGUAUGGCUGGUGCCAUGGCAAAGAGAUGGCUACAAAGGGCUUUCCGUCCCCUAUAUACAUGACUUAGUCUCUAACGGAGGAGCCAUUGAGUUGAGUGCCCUAGUAGAUUACAGGCUACAACUGCCGCUCCUGAGAGCGUGACAUUGAGCACCUCUUUGCUUAAAUGAAUGAACAUGGAUACUUCAGCCGUAAAUGGUAAUUAAUUUCCCUUCUUCGUUUUGUUAUGCAAAUAGUUUGAAUGCUCAUUAGCUAGCAGGAUUAUGAGACAACUGCUCUGGAAUCAACUGGCAGCUGAGGAGAUCUGAUGAGUUUAUUGUAAUUGGAUAAGGGUGAAGGGAGUGGGGGGAAGAUAUGGGACAGAUGAAAUAUCUUCCCCCAGCUGAGGCGGAGCAGCUCUGACUGAGGAUGUGUCUACACUGCAACGUAAACCUGGGCUCCGACUCAGGCUCAAGUCCUAACCCCGCUUCUGUCUACACAUAAAUCUCUCGGACUUGGGCUCAGACCCAGGGUCCGAUGACCCCCUCAAGGGUGGAAGGUUCGAGCCCAUCAAGGUAGGACCCAGGUUUCAAGUCCUAUUGUUUUGCAGUGUAGAUACAGUCCCCCUUCCAGGCUCGGGUCCCUGGAGUCCGCCAAACGCAUCCCACAAUUCAGUGGGCCGACUUCCUUUGUCCUCUCUCUCCCACGAAUUGCCAGUUGACUCCAGGGAAAUGGAAACACCUCAGCCUUGCGCUAGUACAGCAGAUGGGUUUUUAACCCUUCCAUUUUAUUCUGAGCUGCAAACACACCCUAGGAGAACCUUUGGCAUUUGCAAUGGAUCCCAACCAGAAGUCCUUCACAAAGCACACUGCCCUGUGGUCGCAGGAACACCGCCAGAUUUCGGUUAGUCUCUGGAGUGAGGCCAGCAAAACAACUGAUUUUAGUCCAAGUACCAGGAAUGACCAGUCAUACCCCCAAAGAGCGAAGAAGCUGAUGAGGCUGGAAAUUUACCGGACCGGGGACCAGUGCAGGGAAUGGAGUAAGUGGCUCAAGACGAAGUACCUGAAAACCAGGAACCACAGCUGUACCUCUGGCAGCUCGCGGACACCGUGCCUGUUUUGUGAUGAGUUUGAUCAAGUGCUGGGGACUGCGUCGAGCACCAAAGCCACUGGCGGGGCAGGAUCACCUGGUCAGGACGGCGCCCUGCGAGCCCCAGAAGCCAGCACAGAAAUCGAUGGGAGUCAGCAACGGGCACCGAAUGAGGCAAAUGAAGUGACUCUGCUGAUGAAACGGAUCCCAGAGGAGGCUUUGUCACAGGAGCAGGUGCAGCACAUCCUGGGGCCAUCCUCAGUGGAGCUUUUUCAUGCCCCCCCCAGAGGAACAGCCCGCUACGGAACCGGCCGCACAAACGGGAGAAAGCGAGAAACUUCCCGUGAGCCUGGCCCCUUGACCUCUCCAGGUGGCAAUAUCUCCGCAGCUCGCCCACAUGCAGAAGCCUGGCUCACCGGACCUUCACGGAGUGUUCCAAGCGGAAGCUUUUCCGGGAUUAAUUUAUGGUUGGAGUUCUGGACAGGGCCAACGAGCAGGUCGAGUACCAAAGGCGAAGGGACUUGGGCGAGAGGAAAAACAUGCCAAGAGAGACAAGCGGAAAGGCUCGGGCUGGCUUCACAGCUCGAGGACAGGGGGAUGACACAAAAGCAGGCACUUGCUUCGCAGUUCCUGGAACAGGAAUGGCGGUUAAAGGAGGAAGAUAGAGGGCUACAGAGAGAAUUGUUUGAGCGGCUGCUGUCUCUAAUGGCUUCCAGGUUGCCAGCUGCUGCUGCACCAUGGGCUGCAUCCCCUCCGUGGUACCCUGCCCUGCACUCCAGGAGCAGCUUGGACAACUCCAUGGCUGGGUGGCCCGUGCAGUAGGGCCCUAUGAGUGGCUGAACAGGGCAAAUGUGCCCCAUGCAGUCCUCACUGCUGAACCCCUCCCCUAUGGAUGCUUCCACCCCCCUCCCCCAUGGCAAACAGGGAAAGGAAAACGGGUCUCAGGGGAGAUGCAGUAGCAGGUGGGGUUGUCUUGUACCUUUUUUGCACGUGUUUAUGUGCUUUAUUCUUGGUAACUUUUAAAGGUUUGGGUGUUGCUGGUGUUUUGGGGUGUUAAGGGCAACUGGCCUGCCCUGCAACAGUUUCAUAUUGGA